GCCUAUCAAUGACAUUGCUCCCAUCGGGGCUCCUAUAAAAUGAUGCUUUUUCCCAUGAAACAUCCGCAAACAUUUUGACGGGUUUGGCUUUGCCCGGCUGGAUUACUGAGUGUCCCCUCGCCCGCUCGCUCUUUCUCUCGCCCCCUUCUCCGCCGCUUUCUCCCUUCUCUUCCUCUUUUCUUUCUUCUUUCUCUUUCUUUCUUUUCCUUUCCUCUUUCAUCCUUUUGCCCUUGCACUCUCUGCGUCUCUCCUCUUCUCCUCACUCCCUUCCUCCCUGGGCGUCUCUAGCACAGGGGAUCCCCAAACAUCAGGACUUUUGGGGAGCGCCUGUGCUGUCCAUGGGAAGAGCAUGCAUUGUGGGUUACUGGAGGAACCCGACAUGGAUUCCACAGAGAGCUGGAUUGAAAGAUGUCUCAACGAAAGUGAAAACAAACGUUAUUCCAGCCACACAUCUCUGGGGAAUGUUUCUAAUGAUGAAAAUGAGGAAAAAGAAAAUAAUAGAGCAUCCAAGCCCCACUCCACUCCUGCUACUCUGCAAUGGCUGGAGGAGAACUAUGAGAUUGCAGAAGGGGUUUGCAUUCCUCGCAGCGCCCUUUACAUGCAUUACCUGGACUUCUGCGAGAAGAAUGACACUCAGCCUGUCAAUGCUGCCAGCUUUGGAAAGAUCAUAAGGCAGCAGUUUCCUCAGUUAACCACCAGGAGACUCGGGACCCGAGGACAGUCCAAGUACCAUUACUAUGGCAUUGCAGUGAAGGAAAACUCCCAAUAUUAUGAUGUGAUGUAUUCCAAGAAAGGAGCCGCCUGGGUGAGCGAGACGGGCAAGAAAGAAGUGAGCAAACAGACGGUGGCGUAUUCACCCCGGUCCAAACUUGGAACGUUGCUGCCAGAGUUUCCAAAUGUCAAAGAGCUGAAUCUGCCAGCCAGUCUGCCCGAGGAGAAGGUGACCACAUCUGAAGGAUUAUGGGGAGUGGUGAUCUUGGCACAGUGGUGGUUUAUGAUGAUUGGUGUAGCAGAAAUAGGAAAGCAUGCUGGUGGGGGUUGGGGAAGGCUGGACAGGGAGGAUGAUAUCAACAAAGCAAAGAGAAGACUGAGCUUAACUCAGGUGAUCCGAAAGUUUGCCAAGCAGCUGGACGAGUGGCUGAAAGUGGCUCUCCACGACCUCCCAGAAAAUUUGCGAAACAUCAAGUUUGAAUUAUCCAGAAGGUUUUCCCAAAUUCUGAGACGGCAAACGUCACUAAAUCACCUCUGCCAGGCGUCCCGAACAGUGAUCCACAGUGCAGACAUCACCUUCCAAAUGCUGGAAGACUGGAGGAAUGUGGACCUCAACAGCAUCACCAAGCAAACCCUCUACACCAUGGAGGACUCUCGCGAUGAGCACCGGAAACUCAUCAUUCAGUUGUAUCAGGAGUUUGACCACCUCCUGGAGGAGCAGUCUCCCAUUGAGUCCUACAUCGAGUGGCUGGACACCAUGGUGGACCGGUGUGUUGUGAAGGUGGCUGCCAAGAGACAAGGGUCCCUGAAGAAAGUGGCCCAGCAGUUCCUCUUGAUGUGGUCCUGCUUCGGCACAAGGGUGAUCCGGGACAUGACCCUGCACAGUGCCCCCAGCUUUGGGUCUUUUCACCUAAUUCACUUGAUGUUUGAUGACUACGUUCUCUACCUGUUAGAAUCCCUCCACUGUCAGGAACGGGCCAAUGAGCUCAUGCGAGCCAUGAAGGGCGAAGGAAACACUGCAGAAGUCCGAGAAGAGAUUAUCUUGACGGAUGCCACCCCGCCAACCCCUUCACCAGUGCCAUCGUUUUCUCCAGCAAAAUCGGCCACAUCCGUGGAAGUGCCACCUCCCUCCUCCCCUGUCAGCAACCCAUCCCCUGAGUAUACUGGACUCAGCACUACAGGAGCGAUGCAGUCAUACACGUGGUCUCUAACAUACACGGUGACAACGGCGGCAGGGUCCCCAGCUGAAAACUCCCAGCAGCUCCCCUGUAUGAGGAGUACUCAUAUGCCUUCUUCCUCGGUCACACACAGGAUACCAGUGUAUCCCCACAGAGAGGAGCACGGAUUCACGGGAAGCUAUAACUAUGGGAGCUAUGGCAACCAGCAUCCUCCGCCAAUGCAGAGCCAGUACCCGGCCCUCCCACACGAGGCAGCCAUCUCUGGACCACUCCAUUACUCCCCUUAUCACAGGAGCUCUGCACAGUACCCUUUUAAUAGCCCCACUUCCCGGAUGGAACCUUGUUUGAUGAGCAGUACUCCCAGACUGCAUCCUACCCCAGUCACCCCCCGCUGGCCAGAGGUGCCCACAGCCAACACGUGCUACACAAGCCCGUCUGUGCAUUCCACGAGGUAUGGAAACUCUAGCGACAUGUACACACCCCUGACCACGCGCAGGAAUUCCGAGUAUGAGCACAUGCAACACUUUCCUGGCUUUGCUUACAUCAAUGGAGAGGCCUCCACCGGAUGGGCUAAGUGACUGCUAUCCUAGGAACCCAUAUUUAAUAUUGAUAAGUAUUAAUAAUAAUAAUAAACCCAUCCACCCCUCCCCAGAAGACUUGAUACAUCAGAACUCUUGGACUAGUCCUAGGCGUAGGAGUCCAUUUUCCCAAUGAACGUGAGGCUGGGAAUCAACUUUAGUUCAGAAGCAAGACUCCCUAGAAGUCAGUGAGACUGGGUUCCCGUAGCCAAGCCAGACCUGACUGUUUCUCUAGAGUGCUAUCUUGGGCAGGCCAAUCUGUGCCUUUUCCCUCUGUCCCCUGACUUGGCUUCGCAUGGGCAAGCGCUCCCUGUAUGUGACUGCCUUUCCUGCUGACAAAAGCUCUUUAGUCUUGAAGGGUGGACACUGGAGACAGAAUCUGGUCUGUGUUCUUGGAGGGGCACGUAAUUUACCAAGAACAUUCGCCUUGCCAUCUGUCUGUCACCUCGCUGUGCAAUGAACAGCCCUCAGAUGCGUUCUACGCAUCCCUUCUUCCUGGUGGUGUCGGUGCUGCUUCCUGGAGCACCAGGUCUACCUGGAAGUGUCUAGAAACUCUCUAGAUUCCCCUGUUACACUCACGUCUGUCACAGUACCCGCAUUGUCUUGGAAUGUGAGCACGGUCUAGAGGGAAGGAAAAGACCUGUUCUGUAUGCCUUAAGUUGGUUGAGGUUUGUAGGGGACUGGUUCUUCUACACACAAGUAUUUGUCCUAAGUUUGCACAAUGGCUAGUGUCAGCAAAAGGCAGGGGUGGGGCUUUCUAAGUUCUGUGAGCAUGUGGAUUGAUAGCAUUGAGUGUCACACUCUGCUGUUUGAACUCUGUGAAACUGGAUGGACCAAACAUUAACUUACCAGACACCAAGUGUGAAAAUGACUUCCAUGAUUCCUUCUUAAGACUAUAAUAAUUUCCGACACUUUGAGAGAGAAAAAAAAAAGUCAAAGCUGUGCCUUUGAGCCUAUACUAUACUGUGUAUGUGUGGAAAUAAAAAUGUAUUGUACUUUUGGAAAAGUUUUUUCGUAGGCAUUUUUCUGUCAGAUUUGUAGCAAUUUGUGAGGUUUGUUAGAGAUUAACAUAGUUUUUAUUUCUGUAUUAUAAAAAGCACCAAGCAAUUAUGGUGGACCUAUUACCCUAUGGGUAAGAAAUAAAUGGAAAUAUGACAUCGGAUGUUUUAGCAAUUAUUCUGUAAAUAAAAUCUUUGCUCACACCCACUCAGUGUGAUAAUCAUGUCUACAGCUCAAAUGCAAAUAGUUUUAUCUGUACAGUUGUGCAAGAUAUGAAUGGUUUCACACUCAAAUAAAAAGUAUUGAAAUGA